GAUCUACGUUCCCAUCCUCACCAAUUGUCAUGAGCUUUGGGUUAUGACCGAAAGGACAAGGUCACGGGUACAAGUGGCAGAAAUUAUUUUACUACACCGAGUGGCGGGUCUCUCCCUUAGAUAUUGGGUGAGAAGCUCUGCCAUCCGGAAGGAGUUCAAAGUAAAGCCACUGCUUCUCCACAUCAAGAAGGGCGAGAUGAGGUGGUUCGGGCAUCUGGUCAGGAUUCCACCCACCUCCGACCGGUAGGAGGCCACGGGGAAGACAAGACUAUGUCUCCCGGCUGGCCUGGAAACGCCUCGGGAUCCCCCAGGAAGAGCUGGAUGGAGUGUCUGGGGAGAGGGAAGUCUGGGUUUAUUUGCUUAGGCUGCUGCCCCCGCGACCCAACCUCGGAUAGGCAGAAGAAAAUGGAUGGAUGGAUGAAUAGAUACUGUAAUAUGAUUGUUCAUGUUUUUUUCUCAGUAAAGAUUGUGUUGUAUAUUACUAACUCCAAAAGCAUUCAGCUGCUGACGUAGAAGCUAGUUUAUGACUAAUACCAUAGCAUGCCGUCUCAAGGUGAUUAAUUAGUAUGGUCUAAAAAGAGUUCCACAGUGUUAGCUCUUACAAAAAUAAUGUUGCUCAACUCUGGUUAUAAUGCAGGUUACAUAACAUAAAGGAAGUGUUGUAGAUGGUUUUUGAAUGCAUUUUAAAGUGAUUUAGAGGCAGAAUAGAUUAAUCCCAUUAGUUGCAUUGCUAGCCACCUAGAACAAACUGAUUAUUACAAAUUAGAAUGCAAAAAUUGUCACAGUCUGUCUGUCUGUCUGUGUCUGUUUGUCUUUGUGUGUCUUUGGGAGAGUGGGUGUGUUUUGCGCGUAAGCUUGGCUCAAGCUCUCAGCCUGGCACAGCUGAUCCCAGCAACUCACCUGCAGCCUACAAAUGUUUGGACUUCACUCGACGCGAUCGCCAGAUCGUUUCACCUUCUACAUGUGGUCUGAAAGUGACUUGGAGCCUGCUGAAGAUGAAGACUGCAGCGUUCACCUGCGGCCUCCUCCUCCUCAUCUUCAACCCAGUAGCACCAACCUGCAUGCCCACAGAUUUCACUUUGUACGUGGAGAAGCCAGAGUGUGACUUCUGUGUGGCCAUCAACACCACCAUCUGUGUGGGCUUCUGCUACUCCAGGGACAGCAAUAUGCGGGACAUAUUUGGCUCACGCUUCCUCAUCCAGAGAGGCUGCACCUACCAGAGGGUGGAGUACCGUACGGCCCAGCUCCCCGGAUGUCCUCUCCCCAUCAACGCUGCCUUCACCUACCCGGUGGCCCUCAGCUGCCACUGUGGAGCGUGUCGCACUGACAGCGACCAGUGCGCCCACAGGGCCGGUGGGGGCGGGGCUAGAUGCUCUAAGGCGGUCAGACACAUGUUUACUGACACUGACAGUCUAAUGCUCCCUCUUUGACUCUUUUGUUGACACGCUCUACACCCCAUGUGACUCAUUCAACUCACUAAGUCGCUCUCAGACUCAAUUAAAGUCACUUAGUAGCUCUCAGACUAAGCCCUGCUCUUCUGUUUCCUACUUGAACACUGGACAUUGUCAUAUUGUUGACUUGGUUCACUGCCAGUCAAUCAUUGUCAAGGAGCACCAAUAUUAUUGUCUUUUACGUCUAAGUCUAAGCUAUGACAGGAAUUUCACACUCAAAAAUUAACACUGUUCUCAACCAAUGCUCAGUCAUCUUACUCUUGAUUUGAAUCAUAUUCACUAGCCAUACUUACACUUUACCACCUGGUCCAAUGAUAUGAAAGCAUGUGUUCAUCAUGAAGAUUACUAUUUAACACAUUAACCUUAGGCUUAGGUUAGGCUGAUUACAAAAUAAAUACUGCAUAAAAAGGGACUUGAGAAAAUAAGUAUGUAGGGCUAAAAUGUAUAAACUAAAUUAUUAUCAAAUAUGUUUCCUGACUAGACUGUCAAUAGAAUUACAGUGGAAAUGAAAUACACCUUUAUCACUUUAGUCAUAUUUUUUGCACUGAAGAUGCUUCUCUAUGACUUUUGAGAUUGUCAUUACUGCCACAAUUGGUAGAAAAGUGUAUUACAACUGAGUACGGGCCACAGCUGAAAAACAUAUUUUUAGGGGGCACAGGUUUGGUGGCCAUGGAUGAAGUGCUUUGCCGUCCAGAGUCGGGACCCGGGGUGGACCGCUCGCUCGCCUGAGCAUUGGUUGAGAACAUUUCUGCGCUACCCGUCUCCGCUCGGGGUGGUCUCCUGCUGGCCCCACCAUGGACUGUACUCUCACUGUUAUGUCUGGUCAGCUAUGGAAUGGACUUUCACAAUAUUAUGUUAGACCCACUCGACGUCCAUUGCAU